CAACAUCAACAUACCGGGUCAGGGUCCGGGUCUCAUGCACCCUCUCCCCUUAAAAAAGCCAAUCGAGCCUACUCAUUAUUCCCCCCUUCAGGGCUUCACAUUCUCUCAACCCACGCCUCGAUUUCAAUUUCAAUUUCAUCCUCUACAAACCCCUAUUCACAAAUAUUAUUUUAUUAUUCAAUACAAUAUACAAUGUCAUUUUACAACAAUUAGAUCAUUCCUGUUUCAUAUUCUGUAUUCAUACCUUCAACGUUCCUGUUAAGCCGCUCCACAAACCCUAGAUCCAACAAUGGUUGGUGCUGGUGUUCACGAUCAACAACAAUUGACGGAGGAAGAAGAGUUCUUGAAAAGGAAUACUGAUUGUGUUUACUUUCUUGCGUCUCCUUUAACCUGCAAAAAGGGAAGUGAGUGCGAGUAUCGUCAUAGUGACAUUGCACGGGUCAACCCUCGGGAUUGCUGGUACUGGCUAAACGGAAAUUGCUUAAAUCCCAAAUGUGCUUUCCGUCAUCCUCCUCUCGAUGGAUUAUUGGGAGCUGAAGUUCCCACCCCUGUGGGACCCGCUGUACCUCAGGCUCCAGUAAAACAAGGUGUUGCAUGCAUAUUCUUUCAGAAAGGUUUUUGUUUAAAAGGACAUCUAUGCCCUUUUUGGCACGGACUGUCAAACAUCGUUAACACAGCACAUCCUGUGCCAUCUAAUCCUGUUACCAAGUCUUCUAACGUGUCUUCCGUGGGCCCGGAGAAAACCGUUCAACAACAAAAGUUCACUCAACAGGAAAACGUACAAAAGGCUCCCGAGUUACCACCUCAGCGGAAACAAGUGCCCAGAGUGCAACUAAGAAACGGCGGUGGUGUUGGCGUUACUGUUACGGAGAAAAAAGUAGCACAGCAGCUUAAGGAGACUCCUAAGUUCAUACCAGCCAAUGUUGUCACGCCACCUGUCGUGAAUGAAUUACCGCCCAACAGGUCUAACCAUAGUGUUUACGAGGCUAAUAAUGUUUCAGAUAACGAGGGUAUAAAUGGAAAGGAAGUUGACGAAUUUUCAAGAGAGCCUACCCCUGGUUUUGAUGUUCUUGUGGACACCGAGCUUGGAGAUUCCGAAUAUUAUCCUAAUGAAGAACAGUUUGGAAGGUCUAGAGGUCAUGAUUAUGAUAUGGGUCGGUCUGUUGACUAUGAUGUUGACCACGAUAAACGUGAUUUUGACCACUAUAACAAUGAAGGGUAUGCAUGGGAAGACUGUAGAGAAAGUUCUGGUUUUGGAAGGACGCGGUAUCCUAGAGAUGAAAGCCCGGAUCAGUUUGACCGGUCAGACUUACGCCACCGAUUAUCAAAGCAAAGAAGGGAUAAUAACGUUGGCGGUCUAAGGUCAGUUAUCAGCCGUGAACAUCCUCGUGAUAACCAUACUGACAGGAUACUGAGGGAAGCCCGCUACGAUCAGCGCCAUGACCGUCGCUUGGAUUCCGGUCCCCUUAGUAGUCGGCUUCGAGGUAGAAUAAAGAUUCCGGGAAGGGCUACGUCACCUGGCUAUGAACAUGGCUCAAGGGUAGAAAGGGAAAUUGACAUGGGAAGGCAACGACGUAACGAUCGUGUAUCAUCAAACAAUGGCAGGUUUAGAGAUAGAAUACGCGGCAGAUCAAAUGAUGAUUUCAAUGAGGGAAGCGAUUAUAGGGGUUAUCGUGGUAACGACCGUGAAUUUACUAGAUCUAAACGAUGGUCAGAUUUAAAAAGUCAGCAAAUAGAUGAUGGUCAAACUCUGGGGAAGAGGAAACACCCAAGAACAGAAAGUCAACAAUUUGAAGGGCCGAAGUCUCUUAGUGAGAUUCUGAAGCGGAAACGAGAAUCUGUCAUUUCUUCUGUGAAUAAUGAAGUUAAUAACUCCAAUGAAUAUGAUGAAAAUAACCAAAAGAAAAAAGACAACCCAAAGUCAACAGACGGUCAAGCUUCUUUGAAUAUUGAAGUGAGCGAUGUAGCGAAUAAAGUGGGGUCCAUUGAUGAGGAUGCAAUGCUGGAUCAGGAGCUUGAAGCGUAUGAUCACAGGGAUGGAGACUAUGAUUAUGAGCAAAUCGAUGGGGAAGAUUACAACUUAGAAGAAGGUGAAGAAUACACGGAGGAAGGAGAUGAGACAGGAAAGAAAGAGAGUGAAGUGUACUCUUAGAUCUAAAGCUUUUGAGGUUUGUUUUAAAUGUUUGUUGGUGUUCUGAUUCAAAGCAAAACAUUCUGAUUGUAGUUAUUUUUGUAGAAGUAGCGAGAUAAGUUUUGCCUGAGGUUUUUAGUUUGUAUCUAUUUUGCAUGUUUUCCGCUAAAAUCUCAAUAUGAUUAUUAUUUGAUUCAA